UCCUAAUGACACAUAUUUUAAUUGUCUCAAAUCAAAUUGUACCCAUUCAAUUCAAUUACAACUUGACAAGUUGCCUUGGUCGUGUGGUCUACUCUAAGGUGCCUGCAUGGCUGACAUUUGAAAGUCCAGGGUUCGAUUCCCGUGAGCACGGUGUUUAACGGGCAGUGCCCCUUCUGUACAUUCAAACAAAUGGAAAUACUUUAUGCAUUCAGGUAAAAAGAUGUGCAGUUAUUUAAAAAAAUAGAAAGCUUUACUCGAUGUACAACAAAGCGCCUUUUAGGGGUGGAAUAAACACUUCCCACUGCCACGGGUCAAAAAAAAAUUAUCUUCAUACCUUGCCUAUGAGCAAUAAAUAUAAUCAUACGCCCCUUUUUAGAUCCCAAGUAUUGAUAGUACAUGGUUGAGAAUAGUUUGAACUGACAACCAUUUCAAUACAAACCUCCAAUAGGUAAUAAUCAUAAAAUUGGACUUUGUUCUCCCUCUGUUAUAGCGUACUUUUCAAUCGGAUGAAUCACAUGUCCAGCUGAUAUAUUACUAUCCCUGGCAAACUAUGCAGACACCUUCUUAUUUGGAGUAGAAACAAACACGUACUGUCAGGAUUGAACAAUCGGAAACGAUUAUCUGGGUUUCUACAGAUUAAUUACGUCAUAUUACCGAUUUUCCUGUUGCUGCUGACAUCUCGUUUGAUCUCCACUAAAAUGUCAGACAACAUGUCGAUGACCACUGAAGAAGCGAUCGUCUUCUUGCGAGAUGCUCUUGGUAUUGAAACCACGAUGGAGAGGAUUCAUCAGGACAAGGUUGCAUUCUUGGAUGAACUUGUAGUAGCAUGGCUUCAUCAUAUCCCUUUCCAAUCCAUCAAGGCCAUCUCGGUACCUCAUCCUGACCGCCAUCUUCCAACAUUCAAGGAGAUCAAACAGGAUCUGUUGUCUAAGGUUGGUGGUCUGUGCUACGACCACAGUCUGAGUACGAUGGCCGUCCUUCAAGCCUUGGGUUACGAGGUUUCAUUGGUGACAUGUGACGUCAGCUUCAAAGAUAGUCAUGCCUUGAAUCUGGUCCACAAUGCCUCUUACCAAGGUAGCAUCCAUAUGGUGGAUGUUGGAACGGGGUACCCAACAUUCAAGGCUAUACCGUUCAACUUUGAUCUUGUAUCUCCUGAGUAUCAUCAUUCAUAUCUCCGCUUCCGGUUUAUCCGCGAAGGAGACCUCAUCAUCCGUCAACACCAUGCUGAUACUGACCCUAGAGCUUCCCUGUGGCCCGACAGAGUCAAGGAUGGCUGGUAUUCCUUCAUUUACAUCCAUGCCGACCAGCCGCAGAAGGUCUCCUACUUUGAUGAAGCCAUGACCAUUGUCUACACCAAGAAGAUACCUACUCCACCAUAUCUUACCAGCCCUCGAUGCAUGGCAUGGCCACAUGGUCGAUUCACCUGCAUCAAAGACACAACAUUAUUACUUGAGAAUGAUGAGGGUAGAGUUGAAAAGUUUUAUCUAAAGUCACUUGAUGAUGUCCUUACUGCGUAUAAGAAGUACUUCCCACAAUUCCCCGAAGAAACUUUGAAAGCAGUCAUGAAUGACCCAUGGGUUGAUAUAGACUACUCGAAGAUAUUACCAGCUACUGGACAUGCAUAGAUUUUAUUAUUCAUUCAUAAUUAUUUACUAUAAUUUUGUUUUGUACAUGUAUACUAAUUGCAAUAUGAGGAGCACCAUGUAAUCGAUCAGUGUAAUUUGUUUGAAAUAACUUUACUAUAGAACUAUGAAGUCAAUGUCUGCAUCGCUGAAUCCAUUUAUGACUUCAAAACGAUUGAACCUUUCCGUUAUUUUAGUUGGACCUUUUUUUAUUUUUAAAACUAAAAUCUGCAUAUCGUUUUAUGUCUUUUUUUAUCGGUGAUAAAAAAAGACAUGUUCUUUUUAUCGAUUUUUUCUUGAAUAAAACAUGAAUAAAUAAAUGAUAAAUAAAUAACUUUGAUCAUGAACCAAUCAAUACAACCUUCAAACUAGCGUCAAUGGAACAGUUGGUAGACCUAUACUUUAAUGUCUCUUACUUCAUGCUUCAAGGGAAAUGUAUAUUGAGUUACUGAUGACAUUGAUCAAAUCAAUGCCGUUUAGGUAUAGUUAAACUCCCCGUAUCUUAACGAAUUUAUCUUUAUAGUUUAUAGGAGACUUAAAACGUUUAUUAACAUAAUCUGUUAAGUAUUUCAAAUGCCAAUGAAAUUUUUUACCACUGAGAAUUUUGAAUGUUGAAUUAUUUAUAAAUAUUAUAUUAAGAUUGUAAAAAAAGUUCUGCAAGCCUUUUUCACAUUUUGGGGAAUGUAUAAUGUGUGAUGCCCCAUAAUUCCUUUCAUAAGG